CGCGCGCGCAGCGGCUCCGGCGCGGGACACGGCUACUGAUACUUCCUGCGCGCGCUGCGCAGAUGUACGGGCUUCGCUCCGGAGCGAGCACGAGCGCUUCAGCGGCCGGAAGCGAUGCGAGCUCGCGGCUCGUGCGGAGGGGAGCAGGUUUGCGCGCGGGUUUUCUGUGGAUCAGAAUGAGCUGCCUGGUUUGGAGGGACUCGUUUUCGCUGGCGUGCUGCCUGGACGCUCGUGCACCGGUACGGAGUGCGUCCAGAAGCGAGUAGCGCGUGCUCCAGCUGAUCCCGCUGUUCCAGCUGUGCACGGAGAGCUUCAACCACUGGAGGAGGAGGAGGAGGACAGUGGAUGUAAAUGGCGCACAAGUGAAUUCCUGUGAUCCUUUAAUGAAAGUUGUGAAGCUGUAAAGGGCCUCUUCUGGGUCUUGUUUCCUCUCAGCUGAUGGAAACCUUCAGAGAUUAUGCCUAUAACCAGAGCUUCUUGGAAAAUGGCCUCGACGGCUUCAACGCUACAGACGGAGGCAGGAAGCACCAGUAUAAUUACUACGCCAUGCUCCUCACCCUGCUCAUCUUCGUCAUCGUCUUCGGAAACGUGCUGGUCUGCAUGGCCGUGUCCAGAGAGAAAGCCCUGCAGACCACCACCAACUACCUGAUCGUCAGCCUGGCCGUAGCUGACCUGCUGGUGGCGACGCUGGUGAUGCCGUGGGUGGUGUAUCUCGAGGUGGUUGGAGAAUGGAGGUUCAGCACUAUCCACUGUGACAUCUUCGUCACCCUUGAUGUGAUGAUGUGCACAGCCAGCAUCCUUAAUCUCUGUGCCAUUAGUAUUGAUAGGUACACAGCGGUUGCCAUGCCGAUGCUCUAUAACACGAGAUACAGCUCCAGGAGGAGGGUCACGGUGAUGAUCUCGGUGGUGUGGAUCUUGUCCUUUGCCAUAUCGUGCCCCCUGCUGUUUGGACUCAAUAACACAGAGUCUCGUGAUGAUGCUCUGUGUGUAAUCGCCAACCCCGCCUUCGUGGUCUACUCCUCCAUCGUGUCCUUCUACGUGCCCUUCAUCAUCACGCUGCUCGUGUACGUGCAGAUCUACGUGGUGCUGCGCAAGCGGCGGAAACGCGUGAGCACAAAGCGCACGUUUCCAAGCUCCACUGCUGAGAGGGGCACAACUUUAAAGAAAUGCACUCACCCUGAUGAUGUGAAGCUGUGCACCGUCAUCGUCAAGUCCAACGGGAAUUUCCCAGUUAAUAACAAAAAUGUGAUUUUUAUAAAGGAGGUGGUCAACAACGCGGACGACGUCCAGGCGGAUGAAGUUACGAACCCAGAGCCUCUGAACCAGAGGACGCUUGAGCAGACUGGAGCCAGCCAGCACGGCCUGCUGCUCGUCUCCACCCACAGCGAGACGGAGGUCCUGCCCACGGUUCCUGAAGCUCCAAUCAAACCCAGCAGGAACGGGAACACCGGCGACGCCCCCAGAGUCACCAAAGCGUUCGAGACUCAGGUCUCCCCCAGCGGCAAAACCCAGUCCUCCGUUAAAUCCUUCAACAAGCGCAAAUUCUCCCAACAGAAAGAGAAGAAAGCGACUCAGAUGCUCGCUAUCGUCCUCGGUGUCUUCAUCAUUUGCUGGCUGCCGUUCUUCAUCACGCACAUAGUGAACACUUACUACAACGUCCCAGCAGAACUCUACACAGCCUUCACCUGGCUGGGUUACGUCAACAGCGCUGUGAACCCCAUCAUUUACACCACCUUCAACAUCGAGUUCCGCAAAGCUUUCAUUAAGAUCCUGCACUGCUGAGAGGAGCCCGGGAAAAGCUCUUCUCUGAGGGACUCUACGUUAGAGACGCUGGACCAAAGCUGUGUGGAGCACAGAAAGAGAGCGAGACGAAUGUACAUAAAGCGAUGUAUGUAUUAUAAACCUAAUCAUUAAGUCAUAAUGGGCAACAAAUAAGACACACAUACAGGGGUUGGACAAUGAAACUGAAACACCUGUCAUCAUUUUAGUGUGGGAUUUUAGGUUUCAUGCCUAAAUUGGAGCAGCCUGGUGUUCAAUCUUCAUUAAUUGCACAUUGCACCAGUAAGAGCAGAGUGUGAAGGUUCAAUUAGCAGAGUAAGAGCACAGUUCUGCUCUAAAUAUUGCAAUGCACACAACAUUAUGGGAGACAUACCAGAGUUCAAAAGAGGACAAAUUGUUGGUCCACGUCUUGCUGGAGCAUCUGUGACCAAGACAGCAAGUCUUUGUGAUGCAUCAAGAGCCACGGUAUCCAGGGUAAUGUCAGCAUACCACCAAGAAGAACCAACCACAUCCAACAGGAUUAACUGUGGACACUGUAAGAGGAAGUUGUCUGAAAGGGAUGUUCGGGUGAUAACCCGGAUUGUAUCCAUAAAAAAACAUAAAACCACGGCUGAUCAAAUCACGCAGAAUUCAAUGUGCACCUCAACUCUCCUGUUUCCACCAGAACUGUCCGUCACCACAAUCAAUUAUUGUGCUCUAAAACCAGGUGUUUCAGUUUCAUUCUCCAACACCUGUAUAUCACAGCCAAGCAAUGAAUCCAUGCUGUGUUUUACUUUUUUAAGGCAGUAUCUGUGAAACGGGAAUUCCACUGAUUUCUCACAAUUAACGCAUUAUCAAUAGGAUGCAAACAAAAUAUGAAAUGUGCCAUUCCAGAGAAUUGUGUUACAGAAUAUUUUAUUUACUAUAUACUAUUAGGCUUUGUACGGUCAUGAAAAACAUGAAAAUCUGGUCUAGAAAUCUUUGUGUUUCAGUUUAUCGAUGGAGAAAAUCUAUUUUGAGCUACAAAUAUAUCAACUCAGAGCUAAUACAGUAAUUUAGCCCUAAGAAAUAGAGCCCUCAGGAUCUGACACACUUUUUAUUAUAAAAGAUUGUCAGAUUAAUUUAAGCCUACUUUGAUCAAUUUCGAUUCUAGUUUAAUAAGGUCAUAUAUAUGGUCAUGAAAACUGGCCUUGAAGGCAUGGAAAAAUCAUGAAAAAAACAUGGACAUUUAUUGGUUAAAAAAUGUCUGAACCCUGUACUAUGUACUAUAUAUGGUCUAAGCUACUAUAUACAGUACUAUUUACUCUUAAAAACCACUAAGAUUCCCUCAUAUAUGUAUUUUCACAUUAUUUUUUCUUAUAAAGUUGUUUUUGUCAAAAUGAUUUUAUUUAAAAACUACUAUACCUUUUAUAAUUUAACCCUCCUGUUACAUGAAAAUUCAUUUAUCCUUGGGGUAAAUUUGACUCCAGCUAUUUAAACCUCUGGAACAUUAUUAAUAAUUAAAAUAAUUAAUAUUAAUAAUUAAAAUUGUUAAGUUUUUCACAUGCUAUAUUUUUUUGUUGAUUACAAACCCUUUAAAAAUAUUUAAGUAGAUGUUAUGUUCAGUUGAGAGUUCACAAUUACCAGGCUGAGGUGACUCAAAUCUGUUUUUUUUGCUCAAUGUGGCUCAGAUCUGAUUUUUUUUUUUUCAUGGCUGUGUGAACAUGUCAAAUCCGAUUUUUCCAAAUCAGAUUUUAGUCACUUUCAUAUGCGCUCAUACAUUCAAAGUAAUAAAACUGGAUCAUUUGUUCUAAAUUUAUUUAAAAAACUUCUUUACUUUACUACUGUUACGUUAAACUGUCUAAAGUUGUUGAUGUUACAUGCUUGAAGAUGUGAUACAGCUCUGGAAAAAAAAUAAGAGAGCACUUAGAAAUGAUGAGUUUCUCUGAUUUUACCAAAUUGAAAACCUCUGGAAUAUAAUCAAGAGGAAGAUGGAUGAUCACAAGCCAUCAAACCACCAAACUGAACAGCUUGAAUUUUUACACCAGGAGUAAAGCAGCAUAAAGUUAUCCAAAAGCAGUGUGUAAGACUGGUGGAGGAGGAGAACAUGAUGCCAAGAUGCAUAAAAACUGUGAUUAAAAAACACCAAGGUUAUUCUAUCAAAUAUUGAUUUCUCAACUCUUAAAACUUUAUGAAUAUAAACUUGUUUUUUUUUUUUGCAUUAUUUGAGGUCUGAAAGCUCUGCAUCUUUUUUGUUAUUUGAGCCAUUUCUCAUUUUUGUUAUUUUCUGUAAAUAAAUGCUCUAAAUGAGAAUAUUUUUAUUUGGAAUUUGGGAGAAAUGUUGUCUGUAGUUUAUAGAAUAAAACAACAAUGUUCAUUUUACUCAAAUUUAAACCUAUAAAUAGCAAAAUCAGAGAAACUGAUUCAGAAACUGAAGUGCUCUCUUCAUUUUUUUCCAGAGCUGUUUAUGGUAAAUUCAGUAGAGGGACAGCAGAAGGUGUGGCCAGUGGCCCAUUUAAUGAGGGUUAAAAUCACUGUUCCAUUUUACAAACUCCUACAAACCAAACUGCAGGAAAAUGCAGAUUCAAGAGGAUCUGUUUCCAUCUACAUUAUUAUCAUGUCUUUAUUUUUUUGUGAUUUUGAUUUUUUAGCUAUAUAUUUUAUAGAGAUUUUGCACUGAAUAGAUGGAUAGAAAGUAAUACCAUGUAAUAUCAUGCCUGUAUAUUUUGUUACCAACUUUUAGAGCUUUUUUAUUCCCAUUAUGAAAAAUGUUAAGUCUGUAGUUUUGUCUGGAUUGGCCAUUUUUUGUAAAAAACUAAAUCAGUGGAAUUCUCUCUCCUCUUUUAAUAAAGAUAAAUGAAUGGAUGAUAGCUAAACUCGACAGUAUUGCUAAUUUAUUUUUUUAUUUUUACUCAAGCAAUCAGAUGAAAGUAAAGUAAAUUUCGAUCAUAAUGCAGUUUUCAUGCCGGUGUUAACAUACAGCAGUGUAAUGCUUAAUAAGAAUGAAUGUUUUAUUUUUUAAGCUGCAAAACAAAUGUGCUGAAGCUUAAAAAAAUGCAGAUUAUUAUUUAUAUACACUCACCCGCCACUUUACUAGAUACAGCUGUCCAACUGUUUGUUAAAGCAAAUGUUGAAUCAGCCAAUCACAUGGCAGCAACUCAAUGCAUUUAGGCAUGUAGAAGAUCUGCUGCAGUUCAAACCGAGCAUCAGAGAGAGACGUGACUCUUGACCAAAGACUUGAGACUUGACUCAGACUCGUGACUAAAGACUUAAGACUUAACUCAGACUUGUGAUCAAAGACUUGAGACUUGACUCAGACUCGUGACUAAAGACUUAAGACUUAACUCAGACUUGUGAUCAAAGACUUGAGACUUGACUCUGACUCGUGACCAAAGACUUGAGACUUGACUCGGACUCGUGACCAAAGACUUGAGACUUGACUCGGACUCGUGACCAAAGACUUGAAACUUGACUGGGACUCGUGAUCAAAGACUUGAGACUUGACUCAGACUCAUGACCAAAGACUUGAGACUUGACUCGGGCUCGUGACCAAAGACUUGUGACUUGACCCAGACUUGUGAUCAAAGACUUGAGACUUGACUCAGACUCAUGACUAAAGACUUGAGACUUGACUCGGACUCAUGACCAAAGACUUGAGACUUGACCCAGACUUGUGACCAAAGACUUGAGACUUGACUCAGACUCGUGACUAAAGACUUGAGACUUGACUCAGACUCAUGACCAAAGACUUGAGACUUGACUCUGGCUCGUGACCAAAGACUUGUGACUUGACUCGGGCUCGUGACCAAAGACUUGUGACUUGACCCAGACUUGUGAUCAAAGACUUGAGACUUGACUCAGGCUCAUGACCAAAGACUUGAGACUUGACUCGGGCUCGUGACCAAAGACUUGUGACUUGACCCAGACUUGUGAUCAAAGACUUGAGACUUGACUCAGACUCAUGACUAAAGACUUGAGACUUGACUCGGACUCAUGACCAAAGACUUGAGACUUGACUCGGACUCGUGACCAAAGACUUGAAACUUGACUGGGACUCGUGAUCAAAGACUUGAGACUUGACUCAGACUUGUGAUCAAAGACUUGAGACUUGACUCAGACUCGUGACUAAAGACUUAACUCAGACUUGUGAUCAAAGACUUGAGACUUGACUCUGACUCGUGACCAAAGACUUGAGACUUGACUCAGACUCGUGACUAAAGACUUAAGACUUAACUCAGACUUGUGAUCAAAGACUUGAGACUUGACUCUGACUCGUGACCAAAGACUUGAGACUUGACUCGGACUCGUGACCAAAGACUUGAAACUUGACUCGGACUCGUGACCAAAGACUUGAAACUUGACUCAGAUUCGUGGCCAAAGACUUAAGACUUGACUCAGAUUCGUGGCCAAAGACUUGAGACUUGACUCGGGCUCGUGACCAAAGACUUGAAACUUGACUGGGACUCGUGACCAAAGACUUGAAACUUGACUGGGACUCAUGACCAAAGACUUGAGACUUCACUCAGACUCAUGACCAAAGACUUGAGACUUGACUCGGGCUCGUGACCAAAGACUUGUGACUUGACCCAGACUUGUGAUCAAAGACUUGAGACUUGACUCAGACUCAUGACUAAAGACUUGUGAACAUCUCUGCCGUGUCAUAUCUGAGAAUCUCUGAGGAACGUUUCCAGUAGCUUGUUGAAUCGAUGCCACGAAGGAUUAAGGCAGUUCUGAAGGUAAAAGAGCCCAGGUUCAACCUGAUACUAGCAAGUACUAGUGUACCUAAUAAAGUGGCCGGUGAGUGUAUGUCCCUGUUUGGUUGCAUUGUUCAAAUCAAAAUCUAAUUACAGGAAUCCUCCACACACAAUCGUUUUAAUGAAGUGAACGGCAGCACUGUUUAAAAGCAAUAGUGUGAAUUCCAGCAAACUGCUGAUUGUCAUAUCUGUAGUACAGCUGAUCAUUCUGUCUCGAGCAUCACGGUGGAGAUUAAGGUGUUUAAUGCUUGGAAGAAGCCAAGAGAAGUGAUGUAAAGACCACUGGAGCUUUUCAUCAACCGAGUCUGCAAAAAAAAAAAAAACCAGCCACGCAGUUCUAACUUAACAUUUGCUUUCUUAAGCUUUUCAUGCUUUUUUAUUGAUUUAUUCAUUUAGUUUAAAUACGGCAUCUGUUGAAUGUGUUAAGCCUGCUGUGAUGACGUAGCGCAUGUUAUGUUCUCAUGAAGCUGUAUGUUGCACUUUGACAGAAGCUGAUCAAAUUAAUCUGUAAAAUCUGUAAAAGAUAAAUCAUGUAA